AUGCCGGCCAAGUUCGAGAAGAAGCUGAGUGAUUCGGUCAGCGAAGUCAAAGAUUUGGAGUCGCCCAGUGAAUCGACCCCAGUUCCCAAGGAAAAACAGGCGGACAAGAACGCAACUCCAGCAAAGCGUCCCGCACAAAAGCGCGUCAAGAAGGAUGUCAAAGAUGCGGAAGAAGAGGAGGCAGAUACCUCCAACAAGAAGCCGAAGCGUGCAAAGAAAGUGAAGGAAGGGCCUUACACCAGCUUCAAGCAGGGCUCCAUUCCAGAGCCCCAGCUGCAGAGACGAGUCGAUUUGCCCGAGGGGAAGGCAGGAUUGAACGUGCUGUCCUGGAAUGUUGGCAGCCUGAGGGCUUUCUUGAGAACACGUACAGCAGACCUCCAGGAGGCAGUGAAACUGGCAGCCCCGCAUGUGCUCGGGCUGAUGGAGCACAAACUGCAAGAGGGCACGCCUGAGACGGAAAGUGCCUUGGAGGAGCUCUCCAAAGCGCUUCCAAAUUACCGUGUGGCAUGCGUGAAUUAUUCAACGGUCAAGAAAGGCUACUCCGGAACACUAAUCAUGCUUCACACAGAGGCGCCCGAGCCUAUCAGUGUGCUGGCCGAAGACCUCCCGGCUGCCGCUGCAGAGGGCCGGAUGGUGGUCUGCGAGUUCUCCUCCUUGUUUCUCGUGCUUUGCUACGUCCCGAACUCCGGUGAUGGACUCAAGCGCUUAAAGGAGCGGGUCGAGAAGUGGGACCCCCAACUGCGCGAACGUUUACAUGCUCUCGCAGAGAAGAAGAGCGUUGUGCUCAUGGGCGACUUGAAUGUCGCUCACCAGGAUAAGGACAUCUGGAACGUGGAGGCGCCCCAUGUUCCAAAGAGCGCCGGGCUGACGCCGGAGGAGCGCCAGUCCUUCUCGAAGUUGUUGGAGAGCGGUUUCAAGGACGGCUUCGCACUGCAGCAUCCGGAGGCUCUGGGCGCCUUCACGUAUUGGAGCGUGCGAGCUGGCAAUCGAAAGACGAACCGAGGCCUGCGGUUGGACUAUGUCUUGGUGUCUGACGCGAUGACUUCCAAAGGAGAGGGCGAGGAUGGACCCGUGCUUUGCGACACUUUCCACCUGCCGGCUGUGGCAACAGGGGAUCAUUGUCCAGUUGGCGCGGUCAUCGCCGACUCCUCGCUCUUCUUCGCGUCGAUCAACAACGAGCUAGGGAUGACGAGCAAAGACGUCGAGGCUUUGUGCGAUAUCAACAGGUCUACGAAGCCAGCGCAGGCCGGAAAGAUUGGGAAGAAGGGAGUUGGUUGGAAGGCAGUCUUCGCAAUCAGCGACCAGCCGACAGUGCGUUGUCGUGGCCGCUUGGGCUAUGUCACGCCUGAUGACCUUAGUGCGCAGGAACAAUCCCUGCUGCCAGCAUUCCUCCAAGAGGCUAGUUCUGGAGGGGCCACGGUCCUGUACCUACCGCUGCGUGGUCGCCCCGCGACGGAAGACGGAGCGGCUGCUGACAUGGGAGAUGGAGGCCUUGGAAUCGCAGCUUUAAUACGAAGCUCAAUGGACAGACUGCUCAUGUAUCCAGCGUGGCUGCUUUUUCUGCGCCAGCUUCGCCGCGUAGCAUGGGACGACGCAGUGUCUGCCAGACCGCGGCAUGUCUCCCUUGAAAGGCACGGUGACUCCGUGUUUGUUCGGCAGCUGGCGAACAAAGGUAUGGCGGAGCCAGACGAGGAGUUCGCCUUUUUUGUUCACCGGAAAAGUGGCGUGGUGCCAAGCGAUUUGCUCCCGGCCGGCGUAGAGCCUGGGAGUCGAAUUGAGGAGGUAGCCAUCGCUUUCCAGCAUGCAGCCGUGCAAGACCAAAGAGCAGAAGCACCUGAGAGCCACGGCCAAGCUGACAGAGAGUCAGAUCCAGUUUUCUGCUUUUUGCCAGUGCGACCCGUGGGUUUCCGAUUUUCCUUGCACGCGCCGUGGUCACUAACAUCGAACCGUGAGGAUUUUCACUUGGAAGACCCGCGGAACGUUUGGCUGCGUGGGGUUGCAGCUGAUGCUUUGGCUGAAGCGAUCGCUCGUUUUGGUAGCGAACCUGGGACGAAUGUGCUCACGCUGCUGGAUGCUCGACGUGUGCUUGAGCCGUUCUGGAGACGUUUGCUUGAAGAGGCUGUGGAGCGAAUUGGCGAUGCACCUGUCGUAGCCGUCGUUGGAGAGUCCAAGCUCUACAGACCGUCCGAGGUGUUGGUCCCAACACCUUCGUUGGUGCGUUGCACUGCAGCAAUGAGAUUCAUCCAUGCUUUGCCUGCGGAGUCCUGGCCUGCAGCAACUGGCAAGCGGCUGGCCCGGUUGAGCGCCAAUGAGGAUGUGGCGGUGGAAGAUGUUCGAAGAUUGUUAUCUCUCCAUGCGGAACCCGUCUCUGCACACAAGAUGCGGGUUCUGCUGAACAGUGACUCCGUCAAGGCUGAGCUGACCAAGCACUGCAGGUCCAGGAAUCCUCUUGGACUCGCCCAGCUUUGUGAACUCUUGAGUGCCAUGCUGGCUGCCACGCAGCGCGAGCCAGAGAAGGUGCCGACAUUCUCCGAAGCAGGUGAGCUUCCCGGGGAUGAAAGGCUCUCGGAUGUUGUCACAGAAAUCCAGCAGAUGCAGGUGCUGCCUUUGGCCACUGCAGGAAGUGCCCCUCAAAUGACGAGUCUUUCAGAGGGUGAUGUCCACUUGCCCGGCUCAGGAACUUGGUGCCCUGGGCUCGAUGAGGCAAAAUUGGCACGCACGGUCUGCAUGAAGGCCACCACAACUUCCGAUCUGCCGCAGGAAGCGAAGGGUUUUCGGCGGGACUGGACCAUUGAGGAUUUUCGGAAAUCCACAGAGAUGGGACGUUUUCGCGUUUCUGGUGCCAUCUUCGUGGAGUGCUCGAACCAGCCUGCGCUGGAGGAAGCGAAGUGGAUAUUGCGGCUAAUGGAGGAAACAGAUUGCCCUGUCGUGGGACUUGUUGCCAACAUCUGCGUGCAGAGAGGAGCCUCGGAGGUGCAGGAAUUUUUGGACCAGCUGCGUGACUCAGAAGGCAUGCUUCCGAAGGGGUUGAAAGGAGCGCGAUGUGUGUGCAUGAUGUGGGAAAAUCAGGCAGAUGACGCCUGCUUGGAUUCUCGGUUUCUGGAGGGGCUGGAUUGCCUGGGCAGGUUUGGUUUGAUCUGGGAGUUCUGCUGUGAGCCCCGAAUGGCUCCUUACCUUUCGGCCUGCAUCGAGCGGUUUCCACAUAUGGUUUUCGUCAUUGACCACUUAGCUCACAAUGGAAAUCGUGGAGGUGAGAUGGAGGUUUGGGGCCCGGCGAUGGACAGCCUGAGCAAAUUGAAGAACGUCUAUGUGAAGUUGGGGGCCCCUGAACAGUGGGAUGUGCCCAAUCCUGCAGACUUCUUGGAUCGGGCGAUUAAAGCCUUUGGCUUUGACCGUCUCCUCUACGAGUCUAACUGGUUUGUAAACGAGGCCAUGGGAGAUUCCUACGACAAGACUGCGGACCUUGUGUAUGAUGCGUGCAUGCGAGCACACGCCACGGAGGCGGAACUGCGCAAGGCGAUGCUCUCGGAGGUGGCUGCCGCCAUAGUACGCAUUCACACCUUGACCUUGGCGGAAUCCGUGAACAUGCAGUGUUUCAGUGGCAGCUUUGCGCGGCCAAGCACUGCUGAAAACCAGGAGGAGCACGAGCUCGCAGUGCUGUGGGCCGGCCUGGAUGCCAUACGCCUGGCCAGAGAGCAGUGUCUCGACCCUGCUCGACCUGCUCGUGAGGACAGGGCCAGGGCGGCCGACCCGCUCGACCCUGCCGUGUCCUUUGCACCAGUCUUCCGCCGCACCGAUGCUUUGCAAAUGGGUGCAGCGGAACUGGGCCACGUCUUAUGGCUUCCGACUCGGUCGGCUUCCGGGGAGGUGUGGCUUCGCCGGGCAAAGGGACUGAUUCUUCCGACCUUUAUGGGCCUCACAGCAAGCGAGCCGGCACGGGGCGGGCUGGAGGAGCACAUGCAAGACCUGGGCGACGACGAUGGGCAAGCAGAGAAGGCGACGGUGCUUCCGCCGCCCUCCCGGCAGUCUGGGCGCCCGUGCUUUGUGGUGGCCGUCCCGGCAAGUGGCCAGGCUGGUGGAUGGAACGAGUGCCUUCUCCUGCGUGAAGCCUUCUUAACAGAGCUUGGAUGUGCUCAGCCUGGCAUCGAAAAUCUUGCCGUGGAUCGAGUGGCGGAGCGCCUGGUGUCGCGUCAGCUUUGGGAGGCGCUUGCCAAGUCCAUGGAGCUUCGGAGGCACGCAGCUCGAGUUUUUCGGGAGAACCACGGCUGGCUGCCUGACUUGGAGGUCCAAGCACGCCAAGAUCAGCCAGGCACGGGCCAGCGCAUCAACAGCUACUUUCGCCGCGGUGCCUUCGAGCCGGUGGUCGGGGAAGGCGGACUUCCCUAUGUGGACGCAGAGGCCAACUGUCAGUCGCUUCUCGAGCUUCUGAGGAUUCGCUGCACACCGGAUUUCGAAAACCUGGCCGUGGCGCUGCGGAUCUGGGUGGACAAGGAGCCACCGGCGAUGUGCGCACCGAAAGCACUAGUCACUGCCUUGCUGCAGCGAGCCAUUGCCGAGAGGCCAGCAGACUCUGUGUUGGCCAUUCUGCGCAAUCUGAUCUUCAUCCCAGGCAAGGGCAAGAUCAGUGUGCAGGAGGCAGUCUGGUCUGCCGGGACUGUGGAUGGUGAUUUCGCUCGCAGGGUUUGUGCAUUGGCCAGCACUUCGAUGCUGGAGGAGAUCUAUGGGCAAACACUGCGAGGGUGGUUCUGCGAGUUUCUGUCUGUCCGCGAGUCGCCUGGCAUGUGGCAGUUGCUGCGAGCGUUGCAGAGGCUGAUUCCAAGCCACGCAGGGGGCGAGGGCGAUGCCUUAGCUCCGUCGACUAAGCCUAGCCUAAGCUUCCUUCGGCAACUUUAUGCUGAAAUAAUGAUGCAGCUGGAGGAGUACAUUCGCGAGUCUGUGGUCGGUGAUGGUCAGCAGAGCCGGCUUAAGCGGCGACGCACGGAGGACGGUCAUUCGUUGAUCGAGACGGUGGAGUCCAAGUUUCAGUCGCGACGGCUGAUCAUACUGCCGCAGACACGAAACCGGCCUUGGAAGUUCCUCGCAACCACACAGGCCUAUUGGUCAGUCGAUGAUGAACUCUCCGAGUUGCCAUGCAGCCAGUUCGCGUUGAAGAACUUCUAUGGAGUCCAGGUCAAGACGCGCAGCGAGGAGUGUGGAACAGGUUUGGCAAUCAUAGACUUGAAAGACUUUUUUGUCCAGGUCCUCGGUGUCAAAGAGGUGCUGACAAGGGAGGAGCUGGCUCGGCGACUGCAGCCCACAGACAGGCCGCAGCGUCCACCACAGGCCCGACCUGACAGAGCUGCGGUUGCUGGGGAGGUUGCGAAUGCCAACAUGGAUGCAGACUCCGAUGUCAGCAGUGAGGACGACGCAGGAGUUCGCGAGGAUGAUGGAGCCUUGGACUUGGAGGAUCUUCUGGGCGACGAAGCGGGAGCUCUCAGCAUCUUGCCGCCAGGGGCCGCACGAGGAGGGCGUCGGGGCGAAGCUUCGCAGAGGUCGGCAGCGGCGCCUGGGGCGCAUGAUAUGGACGUCGAUGCUGCAGCGAUGAGAAACCUCCUGGCCCGCUGCUGUCAACGCACUCGUGCAGCGCAGCCUGCAGAAGUGCUGUACUCGGGCCCGGGUGCUGGGCAGCAGGCAUCUGCCACCGCAGAGGUGUCUCUUCGGCGGAUGAGCUGGUCCUACCGUGGUGCCAACCUAUAUGCCUGCGGCCCUCCGAGCCUGAUGGCCAAUGUGGAGGCCCUGCGGAAUCUGGGCAUCACAAUAGCAGGCCGCCAGGCCGCCCAUCCGAAGGGAAGCUUGCUGCCGUCUUCAGGAUUGCAAAGUCGUUUCACUGGCUUUGUCGACGCCGUGCUCUGGCCUCUCGCAUCCUUCUUCCAGGUUCCAAUCGGAAGCCUUGCGGCUGCUGUCGGGCCUGGCAUUGGUCGGGGAAGAAACAU